GCAAGAUCGUCUGGAAAGUAACGUGGAGAAAUGUGGAGGGGGAACAUCUACGUACAUAGCUGCGUAGCUGUGAAGGUACAGUAUGUAGGCACAUUUGAAAAGGUGAUAGCAAACAAACAUACCCAAGCCGAGAAAAAAACCCCCAAGAAAAACCCUCCGAGGUUGGCCACAUGGUUCGAAUCCUAACCGCCCACGGUCGUUAUUGGGCCGGUUUCCAGCAAAGAAGGAGGGUCACCCCCCUUCGGCCACUUGGACCCUCUGGUAGGGCUCACAAUGCAUCGGUGUGUCUUGCAGAUGAUAAAAAAGAGAUCUUAGGUACUUGGACAGUCUGCAUGUGCCAAGCUGUAGGAGCUGUAGGAGCUGUAGGAGCUUUAGGAGCGGUAGUAAUGAAGGUGGACAUAUGGUAUUUGGUGUCACUUUUUUUUCAUUCUUUUUUUCCUCCCGUUGCUUCCUAUUCGCGAUGCCAACGAAUGAUAUGAAAUAAAUGCAGUGAGACUUUUAUAACUUACAAGGUGACGUCUGACAGGAAUGAAGAAAUAUUUGAAGGUGGAAGAGCAUUGAAG